AUGCCGACUUGGUCGCAUCCCGAAGAAAGAUAUCUUGAGCAUUCCGGACCUGAUGGCCUGUGUCGCAUCCUCGCCGUCCCGACUGCCUCAACCUCCGCUCCCAGCGACACUAGAAGAAGAAAGAAGCAUACAGUGGUGCAUCAGAAAGAGAAGCAUCUACAACACACAACAACACCGAAGGAUGGGGAAAGUCAGGAACUACUGUUCCGACUGGAUAAGGCACCGAUGCCAUUGUUGGCGCUUGGGGAGUGCAAGAGAAACCAGCACCAUGGGUUCCCGCUGAAGAAGAAGAAGAAGAAGAAGAAGAAGAAGAAGAAGAAGAAGAAGAAGAAGAAGAAGAAGAAGAAGAAGAAGAAGAAGAAGAAGAAGAAGAAGAAGAAGAAGAAGAAGAAGAAGAAGAAGAAGAAGAAGAAGAAGAAGAAGAAGAAGAAGAAGAAGAAGAAGAAGAAGAAGAAGAAGAAGAGGAGAUGA